AUGUUAGCAUCAACUUUACCAAACUCUUUAGUUAUGAACCCAACUUCAAUGUUAGUAGAUACGUCAAAAACUAUUCCAGAUUCGUUUGAUUUCGAAACAACAAUCCAGAAGAUAAAGCAAGAACUUCUCCAAGGAGAUUUAGAUUGCACUGCAAAAGAUGAAACAAAUGAACAAUAUCUUUAUGAAAUGCAGGAUAUUUUUGACCAUCUACCUAAACUUCCUGAAAUACAACAACAAAAGCUUACUAUUCCAGAAUUUGAAGAAAUUGAAGUCAGACCAACCGACUCAGUUGAAAUUAAGAAGUUCAUACGUAAAGUUAACUAUGAGUUCCUUGGAAUUCAUUGCAACCACAAAGUCAUGGACAAAGACUGCGAUAUGGUAUAUAAGAACAUAUCUGACUUAUACAAAUCUGAAGAAUUCAAAACAUAUGACAAUUUUGUUACGUUAGUAGCUAAAUGUGUUUGGGAAAUAAGAAAUAAAGACAAAAGAAAUAAGGUAUGGAACGAACAAAUUAGACCUGCAUGUUUUGAAUUUAAGAGGACCAUUGACGCUUUAGUUGUUCUUGCAGGACAAAUUUCAAUGUACAAUGCUAAAAUGAACCCACUGUUGUGCAUGAAAAUUCGGUUCACUUCACUUCUGACAAAAAGUGACAAGUUUACAUGA